ACUCUUUCCUCAGAUAUGACGGAACUUGGCGAAGUGCCAGACGAAAUACCUUCUGGGCCAUCCUCAGGAUACAACUCAGACGACGACAAUGAGAGAACCCCGCUGAUUGGCCCCAAUAAGGACACCGCUAGCAGAAAACCCCCUCUCGGGCCAAUCAUAGGGAUAUUUUCAAUUGAGGUUUGUGAGAGGGUGGCCUACUACGCGACCGUAGCAAAUCUGGUGUUGUUCUGUACGAGGGAUUUGGACUAUACAAGUACGGAGGCUGUGACACUGAGUUUGUUGUUUACCGGCCUGGGGUGCACUGUACCGCCGCUAGGAGGCGUGCUUGCCGACAGCCUGAUAGGGAAGUACCGAGCGAUCUGUGUCACGGCGUUUCUGCACUUUGUAGGAAUGGCUUGCAUGGUCGCAGUCGCCUUCCCUUUCGAGUCUUACUUCGGACCGGAAAACUCGCCGAGUAAGGAGACGCUGGACUCCAUAUUUCCAGCGGCACUGGUCGUCGUUGCCAUAGCAACGGGAGGCAUCAAAGCCAACGUCUCUCCAUUCGCAGCGCAGCAGGCGCAAGGGAUGAUGGGAGCACAAACGGAACGGUCUUUUUUCAAUUGGUAUUUCUGGUUCCUGAAUGUCGGCACGUUUUUCUCCAUCGCCGUCCUCUCCUACAUCGAACAGGACAUCGCCUUCUGGAUAGGGUUUCUUGUGCCCACAGUCCUCAUGUUCUGCGCAUGCGUCAACCUAGUGCUCAUGGGAUGCCUGGGCAAAGUGUACAAGGACUCCCCAAACGGAAGCGUGUUGCUGAAGACUUUUAAGAUCCUCUUCUUCGCCAUGGGAAACGUUUGCAAACGCAGACACGGUGUGGGGUGUCUGGACGCCGUCAAGCUGCAGCACGGUGGGCGGUACCCGGGGGAGGACGUGGAAGAUGUCAAGAUGUUGGGGAGAAUCGUGCCGGUCUUUUUAUUACAGAUAAUGUACAGAACGGUAUUUUUCCAGAUGCAGACCACGUAUUUUCUUCAGGGUGAACGGAUGAAUCUAAACUUCGGCACUUUCGAGACGCCCGUGGCCGCCCUGAACCUGUUCUAUGUGGUCACCGUGCUGCUGUUCGUGCCCCUGAUGGACAGGGUGGUGUACCCCGCCAUGGACAGGUGCGGGGUCAACCUGCCACUGCUCAAGAGAAUAGGUAUCGGCAUGACUUUAGGAAUGGUUUCCGUCGCGUGGGCCGCCAUGGUGGAGAUGCUCCGGAAGCACACCCUCAUCUCGCCAGGGGGCGCUUUCCAACAGGACGUGGGAGGGGAGACCUUCACGGCUGCUAACAUGUGCAUUCUGUGGCAGAUCCCGCAGUUCGCACUCGUCGGCUGCGGGGAAGUGUUCGUUAUGGCCGCAGGAAGUCAAUUCGCCUAUUCUCAAGCUCCAAAAACACUCCGCGGAGUGGUGUUUGGGUGCUUCGCCUUAACUUUCGCCUUUGGAAGUUUCUUCGGCUCCGUCUUGGUGGACGUUCUCAACCAGAUCACCGCAGGCGCAGAAUGGCUACCGGACGAACUGAACGAUGGUCAUGCUGAUUAUUUCUUCCUCCUCCUGACGGGACUCAUGGCAAUCAACCUUCUCAUCUUCGCCUACGUCGCCACUAAUUACCGCUACGUCACGGCAGAAAACGCUGACGUCGACAAGCACACAAAUGUUGAUGACGUAAAUCAGUCUGAAAAUGGCGACUUAUCGAAAUCGAGUUUAAUUGAUUCAAUCGAGUUAGGCAAAUCACGGCUUCAUAAAACUACCUAACUAGCUCAAAUUAUAACAUAGACAUUUAGACAUGACUCGUGUAAAUCAAUAUUUCAUUUUCAUUGAUCGCUCUCUGUAAAGCCAUGUUGAUGCCAUACAUGUCACCCAAAAAACUGAUCCAAGUUUGUUUAAUAUUAAAGAAAAAAAGAUUGAUAAAAUAGUUCCCAUCGUUAUGAAAAUGGCUAAAUGCAAAGUAUACUGAACAAGGGAUUCUUUAUUUUUGUUCGUUCAUCGCACCUUCUUCUUUUACUUUGACAACAUUCUGCGACAUCUAUUAUCCGUUUGCCGAUAUUUUUUCCCAUUUACGGCAACUAUUUCUUCAUUUUCCUGCCGCUUUAUAUAGACGAUUUACAGCAAGGUCGAAGACGUGCUUUUUUGUGGAUUGAUGUGCACACGGAUGUCAUCCAUAUAAAUAAGCGAACAUUGGUUUCAAUGGCGAUAUAUAAAGCUGUGAAAUUAUCUUGAAUUGUUGACACAUUCAUAGUUUUACAAACUACUAGUAUAUUGAGAUGCCUCUAGUGAAGAUUUGUUGACAGGUUUAGUUCAGUAAAUUGUGUGAUGGAAUGCAUUCAAGUAAAAGAACGCGGAAAUAAAGAUGUGAGCAAUUGUGGAAGCCUUA